GCCUUCCAAAAUAUGAAAUCUAUAUUAGAGAAUCCUUUAAAUUCAGUUCAACCAGAGUUAAACCUAAGCCUAGAAGGAAACUUAGGUUUGGACGACCUAGUGCCAUGCUACAUGCAUGAGCUACCAUAUCAGAGAGAAUGCCAACAAAUCUGUGAAAAAGAAAGAAAUUCUAGAGCCAUUGUAACACCACGAGAAGAAAACCUGGACAAUAUUUACGUUCAAGUCAAAGGUUCGAAGGAAGAUUACGGUAUUGAGUUUAGUGGGUUCCAAGAAGACAUCGAAAUUAAUAUCAGCCCUGCUUGGCUACAGGAUCAGAUCAAACCAUUAAGGUGAAAUAAGCCCUCUACUUUGAACACUGAAGACUCACAAAACCAAUUAACUGCCAUCACUCAGAUGAAUCAGGAAGAAGAUCUGAUUACUAAGCUACAAAGGGAUGACAAGAAAGUUCUGACCGGUUCUAAUGAAUCUUCUGACAUUCAGAUGGGUGAUGAAAGCAACGAGAACGCUGCAAUUAAGCAAAAAGUUAAAGUAUCUUUGACCGAACAAAGCAAAAUGGACCAAUCCUUAGAAAAUCCAAAAGUUGUUAACUCUUCUUCUAAAGCCUCUACUCUCAAAGGUGAAGACCCUUGUGACCAAAAGAAGACCUCUGAUGAUUGAUCAAACGAUGCUGAAGAUCCAGCCAAGAGUGAGCAACCAAAGGCAUUAUUAUCUAAGAAGAAACUAAGAUCACAGAAAAAGAUUGACAUUUCAGUUAGGAAAGAGAUAACACAAAGACAAAUGGGCAAACCUACUAGAAAAAGGACCAAGCUGAAGUCCUCUGGAGAGAGCUCCUCCUCAGAACCAAUGGAUUUGGCUAAAAGAAGAGAUGUUGUGAAUAAAACGAUACUUAGAGUAGUUAGAAGAUAUUUCACAUCAAAAUUUAAGGCUACUAUUGACAUGAAGUAUGGAAACCCAUCCGAUACUCAAGAUAGAUACUUCCAAAAUAUUACGACAUUUGCGAAGACUUUCUUUGGCUCUGAUGACCAGGUGGACCUCAAAGAUAUCUCCUUUUACUUGGCUAGCAUUAUUGAGCCAAAGUACAUGAAAGAAGAAGAUAUUUUGGACUGAGGGUAUACUAAAGAAGAUUUCCUGGUAUAUCACUACUGCCUAUAUCGAUAUUCUCACACAAGGCUAGUAAAUUUAUUUGAGUACCAAUCUAUCAGAUUCCUCUACGAGCAUUUUUAUAACCAAGGAAGAGACGAAGUCCUCAUGAAUGAGCCUGCCAUGGUCAAGAAUAAAGAUCUCUACUCCCAAGUUAUGCUCGAGUUCAGGAACCCUCAGCAUUUCUUAAAGCCCCUUACUUAAUGCUUUAAUAACGUCGUAAGAUUUUUCUAACUAAAGUUGUUCUGUUGGGAGGCAAU